AUGCCUAGCUCGUGCCAGGAUAUUAGGGAGGCAUUGGCCCAAUGCCUGCAGGAGUCGGACUGCAUUAUGGUCCAGCGGCACACGCCGCGUGAGUGCCUGAGCUCUCCGCUGGCAGAGCAAUUGCCCACAAAAUGCCAGCAGUUGAAGAAAGGAUUCAGCGAGUGCAAGCGCGGAAUGAUCGAUAUGCGCAAGCGUUUCCGAGGAAAUCACCCGAUUUCCAUGGCCAAGGAUGCCGAUGGACAUGGAACUCAGUCGGAACAGCUGUAUGCUGGACGUCCGGCGUACACUACUGUUAAGGAGAUCAGUGGUGAUGAAGUGCAGAUGGACCCCGAGAAGACCCGUGGUCUGUAA